AUGUGGAUGUUCUUAUUUUACUUUGAUGUUUGCUUAAUGAGGCUCUGUGUGGGCGAGAAAAUUCAGAGAGAUAGAUACCUUUAUGAUAUUGGUGUGCACAUAUGGUUGCAGUAUAACUAUGUCCAAACAUCGAAGAAUUCGAGAGUUAGUUCUAAUUUGGUGUUGAGUACUAUAUCUGAAAUUGUGAGGGACAAGCCGUUGACUCGACCGUGUGAGGUGGUGACUAUUUUGAAGAAGGAUUAUGGGCUAGAUAUGAGUUACCACGUGGUAUGGUUGGGCGUAGAGAAAGCAAAGGCUAUUAUUCUUGGAGAUCACUUAUUAUCGUUUGACCAGCUGUGGUGGUAUUCGGAUGCUGUGAUGCGUUACAAUUCGGGGAGUUAUGUCAAUAUUGACUAUGAUUCGAGUAGUCAACAGUUUUGUUGUUUCUUUGUAUCAUUCACUGCAUGUAUUUCUAGGUUCAAUUCUUGUCGACCUUUCUUAUUCCUGGAUGGAACAUUCCUCAAAGGAAAGUACAAAGGUCAGCUACUUGCGGCAACGGCGAAAGAUGGAAACAAUGAGACCAUAGCCAAUUGGUUGUGGUUCUUGCACAAACUUGGCAAGGUUGUUGAUGGUAAGCGUCAAAUUACUUUUAUUUCGGACUGUAAUCUUGGUCUAUUAGAAGUGAUGCCGAAGGUGUUCCCAUUUGUUCACCAUGGUUAUUGCUUACAACACUUGAAGAACAACUUAAGAGACCGGAUGAAGGGAAUUGAUAAUGGAUUUAAGGAUCACCUCGUUAGUAGUUUGGGUGACUGUGCUUACGAGCCAACUGUGGUAGAGUUUCAUGAAAAGUUUAAGAAAUUAAAAGCGGAGGAAUGGGACAUGCGUUAUGGGAAGAUGACAUCCAAUGCGGCAGAAUCAUUUAAUAAUUGGAUUAAAGAAGCUCGCAAUCUUCCUAUCACUCAAAUGAUGGACACAAUUCGUACUCAGUUGAUGUGA